CUUCCAAACGCCGUUCGACAGACGGAACGAGAAGGCGCACCGACGCAGGAGCGAUGGCUCAAGAGCUGACGGAGAACGAAAUCGCCGAGUUUCGAGAGAUCUUCAACCUCGUCGAUCGGGACCGAGGCGGGUCGAUCACCAAGGCUGAGCUCGGCGAACUCAUGGACACGCUCGGUAUCAACACAUCACCAGAAGAAAUCGAUCUCAUGAUCAAUGAGAUUGACCAAGACAGCAACGGCGAAAUCGACUUUGACGAGUUUGUCGCGGUGAUGAGCCGCAAGGUGAACGCCACAUACAGCGCCGACCAAGUCAAAGCUUCCUUUCGAUUGUUUGAAAAUCCAACAACGCCAGGGUUCAUUAAGGUGGACCGCUUACAUCGCGCGCUCACUUUGUACGGCACAGACAAGCUCACGUCCGAUCAAGCGAGCGAGCUCAUCAGUCAGCUCGAACCGGACUCAAAUGGACUUAUCAACUACGAGGAGUAUGUCAAUAUGAUGAUGUCCAAAUAGUAUUAAUAUCCACUACUGGUAUUUCGAUUAAAAAAUUGCCUGAGUUCGCG